GGAAAGAGAGAAAAAAAAACAUCUUUAAAUUAAUUAAUUUAUGUUUCUUGCCGGAUUUUGGCCGGAGAAGAUCGACCAAAGCCUUGGUGAGUGCAUCUUGAGCCUUGCAAUAAUAUAUUAGAUCAACCGUACGUCCAGAGAUCAAGGGGAAGCUCCUCCCCCAUUAUUGAAGACUUGAGCCAGCUGGCCGCCGGUGGCUUCUCAUAGAAGAAGAAGUGCGGGACCCACAACGAACCAUUGCCGAAUCUAACGUGUUUUUCCCGCUAUCACUGGCCUUUCAAGAAAGGCUUAUGGAGGACGAAGGUGAUUGAAUCAAGCAGUUGGGACAUAUAAUGGACAUAAGAAGUUCGUCCUCUUGUCGACAAGAAAACCUGCCGCCUUACAUUCACAAGGUGGGGCCCCCACCGAAAGAGAACCUCUUCAAGGAGUUCAAGAACAGGGUGAAGGAAACAAUGUUUGCAGACGAUCCUUUUCGGUCGUUUAAGGAUCAAACCAUGUCUAGGAAGUUUGUCCUGGGGUUGCAGGCCGUGUUCCCCAUUCUUGACUGGGGAAGAAGCUAUAGCCUUGCUAAAUUCAGAGGAGACCUUACUGCUGGUCUAACCAUUGCUAGCCUGUGCAUUCCUCAGGACAUUGGAUACUCGAAGCUAGCAAACUUAGAUCCUCAGUAUGGCUUAUACUCCAGCUUUGUUCCACCAUUGAUCUAUGCAUUCAUGGGAAGCUCAAGAGACAUAGCCAUAGGACCGGUGGCUGUUGUGUCGCUCUUGCUGGGAACAAUGCUUCGGAGUGAAAUUGAUCCGACUAAAAAUGCAAGUGAUUACAGGAGGCUUGCAUUUACUGCAACCUUUUUUGCUGGUGUCACGCAAGCUACCUUGGGGAUUCUCAGAUUGGGGUUUUUGAUAGACUUCUUGUCUCAUGCUGCGGUGGUUGGUUUUAUGGGCGGUGCAGCCAUUACAAUAGCCCUCCAGCAGCUCAAGGGUUUUCUUGGUAUAAAAAAGUUUACUAGGAAAACAGAUAUUGUCUCAGUGAUGAAGUCUGUAUGGGGCUCAGCUCAUCAUGGAUGGAAUUGGGAGACCAUCCUCAUAGGGACAUCCUUUUUGGCUUUCCUCAUACUGGCGAAGGCCAUUGGGAAGAAGAACAAGAAAUUCUUUUGGGUGCCUGCAAUUGCUCCAUUAAUAUCAGUCAUCCUCUCAACAUUUUUUGUUUAUAUCACCCAUGCAGAAAAGAAAGGAGUUGAGAUUGUAAGACACAUUGAGAAAGGAAUCAAUCCCCCAUCUGCAAAUGAAAUUUACUUUUCUGGAGAUUAUGUCUUGAAAGGAUUGAAGAUUGGCAUUGUAGCUGGCAUGAUUGCAUUAACAGAAGCUGUGGCUAUUGGGAGAACAUUUGCUUCCAUGAAGGAGUAUCAAUUGGAUGGAAACAGGGAAAUGGUGGCACUUGGAGUGAUGAACAUCGUUGGUUCAAUGACCUCCUGCUAUGUCGCAACAGGUUCCUUUUCUCGAUCAGCAGUGAACUUCAUGGCAGGCUGCAACACGGCAGUUUCAAACAUUGUCAUGUCCUUAGUUGUAUUCCUAACUUUGGAGUUCAUAACCCCUCUCUUUGAGUACACGCCAAAUGCAAUCCUUGCUUCCAUAAUCAUCUCUGCUGUCAUUGGUCUGAUUGACUAUGACGCCGCAAUACUGAUUUGGAAAAUAGAUAAAUUUGAUUUCAUCGCUUGUAUGGGGGCAUUCCUUGGUGUGGUUUUUGUCUCUGUUGAGAUUGGUCUUUUGAUCGCGGUCGCAAUAUCCUUUGCUAAGAUUCUGCUGCAAGUGACGAGGCCACGAACAGCCAUUCUUGGAAGGGUUCCUAGGACAAAUGUAUAUAGGAAUAUCCAGCAAUACCCAGAAGCAACUAAAGUUCCAGGUGUAUUGAUCGUUAGGGUUGACUCCGCCAUUUAUUUUUCAAACUCCAACUAUACAAGGGAGAGAAUAUUGAGAUUGUUGAUGGAUGAGGAAGAGCACCUGAAAGCAGCUGACCUCCCUAGAAUUGAGUUUUUAAUAGUCGAGAUGUCGCCGGUCACUGACAUUGACACUAGCGGCAUUCACGCCUUGGAAGAGCUUCUCAGUAGCCUGCAGAAAAGAGACAUUAAGCUGGUUCUGGCAAACCCAGGGCGGGUGGUGAUUGACAAACUGCAUGCAUCUGGCUUUGUCACCCUCAUUGGCGAACACAAGAUCUUCCUGACAGUAGCGGAUGCCGUGCUGACAUGUUCCCCAAAACUUCCUGACGUCUAAUUCAUGCCCAGUCCCUACUUCAUGGGGCAGUGAUCAUCAAGAAUGUGACUCCUGAUAAAACAACAUAGCCCAGAUCAAGAAUGUGUU